ACUACUGGAAGCUUGUAAUUGAGGUGACAGUUACAUUCUACAAACCCGAAACCUGUCUUCUUCCACUACUUCCUCAUCGUGUCUUUGUUUUCUUCAUUUCACCGUUUCAGAUUUAACACCAAACCCAUCUUUCAUUUUCUCUAAAUUUCCAAACUUUCUUUGUUGGGUUUUUCAUAGAUAGAUAGAGAAAAAAAAUGUCUGGGAGAGAUCUAGAGAGAGAAGGGGCAAACAAGAACAAUUAUUCUUCUUCUUAUGUUCCUCCUCCUAGUUCACAUGUUUAUGAUCAUGAAACUAGUUGGACAUCAUGGAUUGUUCCUUUGUUUGUUGUUGCUAAUCUUGUUGUUUUUGUUUUAGCUAUGUAUAUUAAUAAUUGUCCUAGUAAAAAUCCUGGUUUUCAAGGUGAUUGUGUUUUGAAGUUUCUUGGGAGAUUCUCUUUUCAGCCUCUUAAACAGAAUCCUUUGUUUGGUCCUUCUUCUUCAACACUAGCGAAGAUGGGAGCCCUUAAGUGGGAUGAUGUUGUGAAUCAUCACCAAGGAUGGAGACUCGUGACAUGCAUUUGGUUACAUGCUGGAAUUAUUCAUUUGGCAGCAAACAUGAUUAGUCUGGUCUUCAUUGGCAUUCGCCUUGAACAACAAUUUGGGUUCGUGAGGAUAGGAAUCAUUUACCUAGUAUCUGGAUUUGGUGGGAGUGUUUUGUCUUCUCUAUUCAUUAGAAACAACAUCUCUGUUGGUGCUUCGGGCGCUCUAUUUGGACUUCUUGGAGCAAUGCUUUCAGAACUUAUCACAAACUGGAGUAUUUAUACCAAUAAAGUAGCUGCUUUGAUCACACUUCUGUUUAUUAUCGUCAUCAAUCUUGCGAUUGGAAUGUUGCCACAUGUUGACAAUUUUGCACAUAUCGGGGGAUUCCUGACAGGCUUUCUCCUUGGUUUCAUUUUCCUUCCGCGUCCUCAAUUUGGGUGGUUAGCGCAACGCCACGUUCCUGCUGGUGCUCGCCUCAAGUCUAAGUACAAGGUUUACCAAUAUGUUCUAUGGAUAGUAUCUGUUAUUCUAUUGAUUGCCGGGUUAUCCAUUGCUUUAGUGAUGCUAUUACGAGGCGAAAACGGAUAUGAUCACUGCCAUUGGUGUCGGUAUCUAACAUGUGUUCCAACUUCUAAAUGGAAAUGCGACGAGAGUUAAGUGAAAGGGCAUGAGCUGUUCUUGUGUUCUCUUAUGUAUAGCUAUGACUCUUACAAAUUGGUUUUUUGUUUGUUAAUUCCUUAUAAGAAUCAGUUAUUAGUGUGUCCUUGGAUUUAUGUGAGCAAACAUACAUAUAUUAUAUAAAGAAAUUUAUUUGUACAUGAAGUUUCUAUUUCAAUAAUAUUUUCUACCUGGAUUUCCUGUUUUCUA